UUAUUAUGUGCUAGGACAGUUUUCCGGAGAUGGGAUAUCGAAGGUAUCCCGAAAAGGGGACGAUGGUCGCGCGAGCAGUUACGAUCUGUUGUCGACAACCGUUGUAACUGUCAGACAUCGUGAGACAAGCGAGAUAGCGGAGUGGGAAUAUGAUCUUCUCCCCUGGAUUGUUUUUCACGGGACUGUUUCUAUUUCCAAUUUCACACACUCUGGUAACAUACCUUCUGAAAUAUGUUCUACCUGGACUCAAAUACGUGGAGCGAUAUGGUGUUAGCACAAGAGUCGUAUCAGGAUUACAAGCUAUCGCAGCUUCUUUAGUCGGUCUAAAAGCUGUUCUCUCUUGCAACGAUAUUCUUCAUCAGAGAUUGCUGUUUGUUAUAGACUAUCUGAGUUUUGGCUUGUCCUACUUCUAUUACGAUGCAGUUGUAAUGUAUUAUGGAGUCUACCUAAAAGAGAAGAUACGGGACCCUAGAACAACUUAUUCCUCAGCAUGGACGAAAUUUUAUAAGAAAAAAAAGUUGAUCUUCUGGCAUCAUGUUUUGCUUCCAGUCAUUGGAUUCCCAAUCUCAAAUUUUUCCUGGAUAAGGCAGGACCGCGGCGACUUCUUUAUUGGAUGUUUGUUUAUGUCAGAGAUGAGUACUCCUUUUCUGUCCCUUAGAGCAGUAUUGGCCAAGCUCGGCAAGAAAAACUCACUGGCAUAUAUUGUAAAUGGUGUUACCCUGGCUGUUGUGUUUUUUGUAUUUCGCGUUCUUGUCUAUCCAUACAUGUAUUGGCGCUUUGCUGUUUACAAAAACAUCAGUCUACUGGAGGUUCCUUUCAAUAUUCCUAUCCCAUGCAAUGUAGCUUGCUUCAUGCUUAUGUCUCUACAAGUAAACUGGUCCUUUGUGAUCAUCAAGGGGUGUUUGCGGUACCUCUAUCGGCCAGGUGUCAGCAAAGAACCUCCCCCAUGUCACACGAGCAGUGAUGAAGCACCUGGGGUCCAUACAAGGACUGGUGAUGCAUCAAAUUCGAAUGGACUGGUCAUAGAUCAUGCACAUAAAAAUGAUUAAAGUGGUACACUUCUGGAUGUGAUCAGCUCACACAGAUGGUUUCCACAAAACAUUAUUGAAGCUUAUUGGCACUUUCUACUUGCGGUGAUAUCACAUCUGCAAGACAUUCACAUGAAGACUUAUCUAUAUUCCAGAUAAUAUGCAGUUAACAUAGAUUUUUUAGGCUUAGGUAUGCUUACAAAAGGAGACUGGCAGGGAUUACAGAAUAGCUUUUUCCAGCUUCUCUGUGACAUCUGCCACAUUAGUGAGAAAACCCAAAACAUUUUUAGCAAGUUUUAGCAAGUUGCUUCAAGCAUAGAAAUGUAUGUACUACAUUCAGAUAUUUGAGACAGAACAAGAUGCAGAGUUGUGUGUGUAUGUGUGCUACCUUUAGGGUAGAUGGAAGCUUGCUUAGAAUUCAGAUGAGCUUUUGCUGUUGUCAACCUCAUAUCUUGGUAGUGAUUAAUGGUUCCACCCUGGCCUACUGGAGGCUUAAAUUUGGAAGUAUACUUUAACAAUCCCACUUCCAUGCAAGAAAUGCCAGAAUCAUAUCUGCCCUGUUUUAUAUCCUUCAAGUAUAAUUUAAAAAGCAAGAUAUAAUGGUAGUUCUUGCCAUUGCUUGCUAUUAAUGGAAUUUACACCAAAUAUUUUGAGGGAUAGCAGAUGGAUCGCCUAGCAGUUGAAAUAUGCCAUGUUAUUCAAAAAUUCAAAUUCUUUAUAAAUUAUUAUACAGCAUGUAUAUUUGAUAUGUCAUUCGAUUCAAUUUUCAAUAUUCGAAGGUUUUCCUUUGACUUGUAAAGAAAACGGUUUCAGAUAUUUUAAAAGGAUUUCAGGUCCUUACAUUAUUUAAGAAUUAAAAGAAUGUAUUUAAUGAAUGUGCUUACUAAAUAUAAUGAAUUUGUAUGCUAAUCCAAAAUAUAGCAUACUUUCAAAUUUUAAACUUUGAUAUUGUAUAUUUCUAAAGUUUUCUUGUUAUUCCAUUGGUGUUUUUUUUUUAAGAAGUGACUCAAAUUUGAUAAUACAUUGAUCAUUGCUGA